GUCAAGUAGUCUUGCAUUCUUGAGCGAAGCUUGAAGGGUAUACGCGUCGGCAGGAAGUUUACAGUGCUUUAAAAUAAGGAUCAUCAACGUCUUUUUCGCAUUGUAUUCAAAUAAAUGACUUGGAUUAGUUGAAAUGGGACGCAAUCUUCAAAGCGACGGAAGUAUGAACUGGCAUUGGCAGAGUAAAGACGGGAAACAUGUCAGAGUAUGAGUGCGCGUUGACUCGUGCUCUGCUGAAAAUCACUGUGCCGCUUUGGACAGAAUCCUGAAACCCGGAAUAUGUCUUAUUUCCACUUUCCGCCGGUUUAGUGUUACAUAUUGCUCCCACUAUUGUAAACACUGACUGAAACAUAUCAUGCAAAGCAUGUGAAAAAAAUAUUCAAAUAUCCACCAAACUUUUCUUGCUCAUCCUUCAGUCAAACCUUCCUGUCCAGCAAACCCGCUUCAUGUCCAUUUUUUCCCUUCCUGAAUCCUCCUAAAGUCCUAUCACACAUCAGGCCAUGCUACGCAAAAGAAGUCCUCUUGUCAUUUGUGGUGCGCUUAUAUUUGUAGUGAACGUCUUUUUUAUUUUUGUUCUCAUGAGACGCCCUUCCACUCAAGGGGCUCUGGACAGCCCGGAUGAAUCUGGCAAAACGGGAGACGGAGGCAAGUUUGGAAAUAUCAUGAACGAGGUGAUGCGUGUGGCUAAUGCUUUUGAAGCUGAACUUGAAUCUCAGAAGAAGAUCCUAAUGCAAAUCCAGGGCCAUUGGGCGGUUUGGGAGAACAAAGGCGGUGUGACCGCCGCCAAGCCAAAAUCACAAGCCGAACAUUCAGCUCUGGCGGUCAUCCCUAUUUUGGUCAUUGCCUGUAAUCGUGUGACCGUGAAACGCUGCCUUGACAAACUCAUUGAGCACCGACCGUCUGCCGAGCUUUAUCCAAUCAUAGUGAGCCAGGACUGUGGACACGCAGAAACGUCUGACGUGAUCGCCUCGUAUGGCAGUCAGCUAACCCAUAUCAAACAGCCUGACCUCUCUGAUGUCUCGGUACCUUCACAGCAUAAGAAGUUCCAAGGUUACUACAAAAUCUCCCGGCAUUACCGGUGGGCGCUCAACCAGGUUUUCAACACCUUUUCGUACUCCUCGGUUGUUGUUGUGGAGGAUGAUUUGGAGGUGUCCCCUGAUUUUUUUGAGUACUUUCGAGCAGUUCAUCCAAUUUUACAAUCGGACCCGACUCUGUGGUGCGUGUCCGCCUGGAAUGACAAUGGCAGGGAGGGAUUUGUGGACCCAGGAAAAGCGAACCUGUUGUACAGGACGGAUUUUUUCCCAGGCUUGGGCUGGAUGCUCACAAAGGACCUCUGGGCAGAGCUUGAGCCGAAGUGGCCGUCCUCGUUUUGGGAUGACUGGAUGCGCCACCCGGAUCAGCGCAGAGACAGGUCCUGCAUCAGGCCUGAGAUUUCCAGAACCUUAACGUUCGGUCGGAAGGGUGUAAGUUUGGGCCAGUUUUAUGACAAGUACCUCCGCUUCAUUAAGCUGAAUUCCGAAUUUGUGCCUUUUACGAAAAUGGACCUGUCCUAUUUAGAAAAGAAGAAAUACGACGAGAGCUUCGAGAGGGAGGUUUACGGCGCUCCGGUUGUUACUGUGGAGGACUUGCAAAGUGGGAAACUGUCUGGGUCUGGCCCGUUUCGUGUGCAGUAUUCCAGUCCUGACAGUUUUAAAACACAGGCUCGCAGUCUUGGCGUCAUGGAUGACCUGAAGUCAGGAGUCCCACGAGCGGGGUACAGAGGUGUAGUUAGUUUCCUUUUACGUGGAAAAAGGGUCUAUUUAGCUCCACCUGCUGGUUGGAGUCAAUACGACCCAAGCUGGAGUUGAGGUGGGCUGUGCCUACAUCAGUUUCUUAUAAAGUGCAUUGUGUUGCAUAUUAUCUGUUACCAUCAUUCCCUUCACAGAGAAUAAUUGUCUUAAAAUUCCAGUGUGCUGCUUUAUGAUGGAAAAACCUCCAGCUGUGGUUUCAGGAAGAUACCAAAGAUAAUACCAUAAAUUGAUCGCUCAGAUUUUUGCCUCAGGUUUCAUUAUUUGUCGGUGUACAUUUAACUAGGAUUUAUGCGAGAAAUUUAUCAUUAAACUAAUAGAUGAAACCUUAAUCUUAAUGCUGUUGUUUUUCACACAAAGUAUACUUGUUCAGAAACUACGAAAUGAGAGUAAAUAUGUUUAAAAAACACUUAUUUUUUUAAAACUGUGAAUACAGCUCUAAGUGCCUAUAAAUGCAAACUUUUUUUUUUUUAAUUUACCACUGUGUACUGUCUUUAUAAAAUUGUGGCUCACGGCAUAGCGUUGAAUAUGUUAGGAAAAAUCAGUAGAUUAUGUUUCGUGUUUUGCUUACAUACUGGGAUAUUUUAAAGAGGAAAAAUAAAUGUUUUGUUAAAUUUGGUGACUCAUUCCUUGCAUAUAAUGGUAAUAAAAAUAAUACACCAUCAAAA